GGCCAUGAUGCCGUUCGUGUCAACUGCAGUGUUCUUGAAGUACGACAAGGGUUGCGGGGUCAACCAGGAGAAAAUCACGAAACACGUCGAGCUGAUCAAGAGCUGCUACCAGGCGGAGAACAGCUUAGUCAUCGUGAAGGCCACCAUGAAGGAGGCUCUCAAGCUCGUUGCAGCUGAGAACACGAUCAAGUUCAGAUCGGACGCCGAAUUAGAAGAUUGGGCGGAGGAGAUGCAGGGCCGUGUUCGGCACAUGCUCAGGCACGUGAAUCAGUACAGGAAGCGUGACAGCGCGCCGAGGUGGUUCCAGAAGCUCGGCAUCGACGGCGCAGGCGGCAGCAAGGCCAAGGCUGUGAAGGGUCAGAAGGCUGCGCAGCGCAAGAAGCCCAAG